AAUGUGUCCUAAUUUCAGUUCCUGUUACAGUAUAUAUAAAAAGGUCCCAUGGCAAGCUAUUCAAACAACCAAAAUAAACUCUUGCAGGUUCUGAAUUUUCAAAGAAGGCAGACAAAAGCAGAUAUGUCUGGAAUCAAAGGUGGUUGUGGUGGGCAAAAGAUCCAGUGCCAAGAUCCAUGCAAGAACCCUCGCCAAAAAAUUACAGUCUGCAAAGAUCCAUGCCAAAACCCAUGUAAACCUCAGGGUCAGCACCAUCAUCAACGUGGAAAUCUCCAUGUUCGCCAACAAGAUCCAUGCAACCCCUGCAAUCCCUGUGUUGUUCCUGUCUCCUGCUGUCCUGAUCCCUGUGAUCCUUGCCAGGGCCAAGGAAGUUUUUGUUGUGAUUAAUGAAGAAGAGAUUACGUGUGCCUCAAGCCCAAGUUACUAAAUCACUUCUCUGCAAAAUCAACACCCUUUCAAUUUUAUUCAGUUUAAACCUGCAUUUUUUUUUCAUUGCUUGUUAAUUUACCUUACCCAAUAAAAAUCUUUACUGCUUUUUGCAAUGUACCACUUGCUCUUUAUCUAAUUGCAUAUUUUUUUUUUAUGUGCUGUGAUGGGGUAAUUAAUAAAUAGAAAUCUUAACAUUUA